AUGGAUGUGUCCCACCUCAUCUUAGGCCGUCCAUGGCAAUACGAUAGGGAAGUGAUGCACAACGGCAAACUUAAUAUGCAUUCUUUCAUGUUUCAAGGACGUAAGAUCACGCUCCUCCCAUCACCUGAGACGGACCGUAUUCCUCCUCCACAACAAAAAACGACACAACAAAGUCUCAUAAUCAUCUCCAAGUCACAAUUUGAAGAGGAAAUACGUGAGCCAUGUCCACUUUUUGCCUUGGUCGCGGUAGAUACUAAACCAGAGCAAGGCGUAGUCAUUCCUCCCGAGUUUACACCGGUCAUCAACGAGUUUCAAGCUCUUUUUACGGAAGACCUACCCGCAGGACUCCCUCCUCUCCGUGAUCUACAACAUCAUAUUGAUCUUGUACCUAAUGCCACCUUACCGAACCGUGCUCAUUAUCGAAUGAGUCCCGAAGAACAUGAAGAGCUAAGGCGGCAAGUUGAGGAACUCUUACUCAAAGGUUAUGUGCGGGAAAGCCUCAGCCCAUGUGCGGUACCGGCUCUCCUGAUCCCGAAGAAAGAUAAAACUUGGCGAAUGUGUGUCGAUAGCCGCGCGAUAAAUAAGAUCACAACCCGUUACUGA